AUGCCUCGGAGCUCGCGUCACAGGUCGCACCGGUCCCACAUGCGGGGAGGGUCCGCGGACCGGUCGGAGUCAGAGGGCGAGGAGUCGGCUCCGGUCGCCGGCGCGCGGGAGGAGGCCGCGGCGGCGGCUAGGGUUUCCAGAGAUCCCGAGCCCGAGAGGCGCCGCUCGUCCUCGGGGAAGGAGGCCGUGAGAUCGGGGAACGGGUACGCGGAGCACGGGAAGAAGAGGAAGGAGAGGGUUGAGGAGGCCGUGGUGGAUGUGGUCAGCGACCGGUGGAACAGUGGCGUCUGCGACGAUCACCUGGUCGACAAGAGGUCCAAGAGUGAGACCUUUGGGCAUGCUGAAGUGGAGAAACUGGCCGACAAGUCUAGGGGAUCAGGGGAUGAGUCCAAGAGGUCAAGCAGGCGGGCGGUGGUUGUGGAUGACAGGGCUGAGGAGGUUGCGUCCAAGAGUGACUCUGGGAAGCGGAGGUCAGAGAAAGAGAAGGAAUUGGGGAGGAAGGAGAGUACUGGGCAUUAUAAGGAUGACAGAGAUAGGGAGAGGGAGAAAGAAAGGGAAAGAGAGAAAGAAUGGGAGCGGCAGAAGGAGAGAGAUAGAGAAAGGAGUAGGGAUAGAGAGCGUGACAAGGAAAGAGAGCGGGAUAAGGAGAAGGAGAGAGAACGGGAACGGGAGCGGGAGAAAGACAGGGAUCGAGAGCGGGACAGGGAACGGGAGAGGGAGCGCGAGAGGCAGAAGGAGCGGGAGAGGGACAAGAAAGAUUAUGAUUCCAAGCAUGAGAGGUAUGAGGAUGGCGGUGGCAGAAAGAGUGGCUCGAAGACGAGUAGGACGGAAGAGGAGGCCUACUCAUAUAGGAGAGAUGCAGAUGCCAAUGAAAUUUCAGCAAAAGAGAAGUACAAUAAUCCUGAUAUGCAAGCUGACAAACACAACCGAAGAAAAGAUGAUUCUGAAGAUACAGAUAAGUGGCCCACUGACAAUAGAGACAGCGAUGACAGAAAGACCCUCUCCAGAUAUGAACAUGCUAAAUCUAGGAGUUCUAAGGAACAAAGGUUUGAUGAUGACAAGUAUAAGGAAAAGUACAAGGAUGAUUACGGAAGGGAUAAAAGGCAACAUGACGACAAGUUUUCUGAUGAGCGAGUGGCCCGUGGUCAUGAAAGUGAUAGAGCUGAUUAUAAGAGUGCUAAAGAUGGGCACAGAAGCUCAGAGAGCCAUUACAGAAAGGAUGCACUUCAAGAUGUUGAUCAUUAUGAGGAUUAUGGCAAUAGGUACAAGGAAACUAGAGGGAAAAAACGACCUCCAGAGGAAAAUGAUGACCAAUACGAUUUAAAGCCUCCAAGCACACGUGAUCAACGUGUGCAUUUGGAAAAAUCUUCAGGCAAUGGGCGUCUGGAUUCUCUGAUUGAGAGAGCAAGACCAGAUCGUAGUUCUAGUCCAAGUAAAAUCCACUCAAGAAGUUCACCUAGCCCAAGUUCUUAUCACGACAAGGAUCAAAGCCGGCAUGGAUCUAAAGCAAUGGAUCAUGGAAAGAGAGAAAUGCCAUAUGAUGAGAGAAAUAGUCGGCCAAGAACAUCUUCUGGUAGAGAAAGGACACCUGCUUCUAGACUUCGUGAUAGGGAUGCAGAAAAUUGGUCUUCUGAAAGGCUUAAACAGAAGGAUGAUCACCAGCCUCGUGAUGUAGCAUUGGAAAUUUCUACAUCAUCACACUAUGAUCGCACACCUAGGAAAGAUAAGCAUACUUCACCAAAACAGCUGUCUGAAAAAUCUCCAUCCUCAGGUGACCAGAGGUUUUCAGGUAGGCUUAGUGGUGGACGUAGUCUAGAUAGUAAAGGAGAAAGAAACAGCCUUACGAAAUACAGAGAUAGAGAUAGUGACCUAGCCCAAGAACGAUCACAUCAUCAAGAUCGAACACCAGCUAAAGUUCUGUUCAGAGAGCCAACACCGUCAAAUUCAUCCAUAAGUAGAGGUGGUCAUUUUUCGGGCAGUUCACCAAAUCAUCCUCUGCCACCUUCUGCAAGGAACAGUGACUCUUCCUUCCUGGGUCCGCAUGAUGAUGACCGUAGGCCUCAAAAUGGAGAUAGGAGGUUCCAUGGUCAUCAAAAGAGGAAUGACAUGAAUUCUGUCCGUGGACAUGGGCAUGCCUGGAACAAUCCACCAAACUGGCCUUCUCCAGUUUCUAAUGGUUUUGUCCCCAUCCAACAUGGUGGUGCUCCUGGUUUUCAUCCGCCUGUCCAUCAGUUUCCAGGCCCACCUAUGUUUAACCUUAGACCUCAAAUGAAGUUAAACCAACCUGGAGUUUCAUAUCCCAUGCAUGAUGCUGUUGAUAGGUUUUCGACCCACAUGCGCCCAUUUGGGUGGCCUAAUCAUCUGGAUGAAUCAUGCCCACCUCAUAUGCAAGUUUGGAAUGGAGGCAGUGGUGUGUUUCCUGGUGAACCCUAUAUGUAUGGUAGGCAAGAGUGGGAUCAGAAUAGACCUCAUGCUGGCAGCAGAGGUUGGGAGCUGACUGGUGAUGUAUCCAAGGGACCAAGUGAUGUGCCGGAUGCUGAACUUCCGGUAGCUAAGAAGGAGCCUGACUCUGCAAUAACUGCUGUUUCUGAUUCUGGUGGACAACACAAUCUUCAACCUCAGGCCGAGCAAAAGGAAAUUCCACACUUGACUGCUGAAACAAUUGAAGCAAAGGAUGAUGAUUCUAAAAGGUCAAAAAGUUUGGAAGCUCCUCAAGGAGCACAACUUGUGACUUCUAUGCAGUUAAAGAAUGGUGCAGUCUUUUCUAAAAACUAUCUAUCCAGGAUCAGUGUCUCACAUGAUCUUGUUGAGUCAGAGUUAUACAAAAGGUGCAUAUCCUUGCUGGGAGACUUGGGCGUAACAAAAGCCUCCCGUUUGGUUAGGAAUGAACUUCAGGAUAAUGGAAAUAUUGAAAAAAUGUCUACAAAAUAUGGAAGCUUCAACCCUUUCACUUCACGUUACCUCAAGGGUGACAGUACAAUCUUUCAGAGAGCUUUGGCCCUUCAUAAGAACCAGACUCAAAAGGGUUUAAUUACUGCCUCUGCAUUUGUAAAAAUGGAAGAGAACAUGGAUGUACGAGAAGAUGACCAUGACAUGGAAAUGCUUGAACCAGUGGUGAGCAAUCCUGCUCUGCAACGUCACACUGAUGUCGUGGGGGAAGGAUCACUGUCAAAACAGGAACUUGGUGAUGGCAUUGGGGGAACCAUUCCAGCAACUAUAGGAUCUGGGGGUCUGGAUGCACCUCCAGAAAUUCCCCUUCCCCAACCUGAGGUGGUGGUGGCAACAACAGCAAUCACACAGCCUAACAAGGACAUGGAGGAUGUGUUGCCUCCAGCAAUUGAGGAUGGUGCACUACAAGCAACCCUUGAACAUGCUGUUGACAUACUGGAAGUUACACCUGCUGAUGGCUUGGAGGAUGUUGCACCUUCUGCUGUUGGAGAAUCAGGUGAUGACAUGGAAAUUAUACCCCCUGCUAUGGCAGAACCUCGAGUAGGCAAGGAAGCUGCUCCUGUUGCUAGCCCUGCUGAUAGUCAAGAGAAGCCCUCCAUCAUGCAAGAUACUGAGAUAGGUAUGGAGGUUGAGGUUGAUAAGGUUAACGGUGAUAGUCCUGGGGUCGGUAGGGUGAGCUCUAUCCUUGGCCCCAAACUUGAUGUUGCUGCAACUGAUGGGGAUUCUGAAGCUUUGUUGGUGGAAAGUAGGGUAAAUUUAAGUCGGAUACCUAAUUCCCCAGAAAGUACACAUUGA